AUGAAACCGAGCACCAACCAUCCAAUCCACCCCAUCGACGACGCAAUGGCCAGGCUCGAGCUGCCCACGACGCUCCCCGGCGGAUGGACGAUCGGCCAGGAGAUCGGCCGCGGCUCAUUCGCCGUCGUCUACCGGGCACACAACCAGAACACCCACCAGGAGGCCGCAGUCAAGGCGGUCGUCAAGUCCAAGCUGACCACCAAGCUCUUCCAGAACCUGCACGACGAGAUCGCCAUCCUCAAGAAGAUCAGACACCCCAACGUCGUCGGCCUCGAAGACUGCCGCGCAGACACGCACCACAUCUUCCUCAUCAUGCAGUUCUCCUCCCUCGGCGACCUCUCCCUCUACAUCAAGAACCCCGCAAAAACCAGCUCCCCCUUCCCACACCCCCCCGACGGCGGCCUCAACGAAUGGAUCAUCCGCAGCUUCCUCGGCCAGCUGGCCGACGCCCUCCGCUUCCUGCGCUCCCACUCCAUCAUCCAUCGCGACAUCAAGCCCCAGAACCUGCUCCUCCAUCCCUCCGAAGACCCCCCCGACCCGCCAUCCACUGCGAUGCGCUACGUGCCCCAGGGGAUCCCCAUCCUGCGCGUCGCCGACUUCGGCUUCGCCCGCGUCCUUGCCCCGAACGCCGGCCUGGCCGAGACCCUCUGCGGCUCCCCAUUAUACAUGGCCCCCGAGAUCCUCCGCUACGAGAAAUACGACGCCAAGGCCGAUCUCUGGUCCGUCGGCGCCGUCCUGUUCGAGACCGCCACCGGCAAGCCGCCCUUCCGCGCCCAGAACCACGUCGAGCUGCUGCGCAAGAUCGAGAAGAGCGAGGACCGGAUUGCGUUCCCCCCGGACAAACCCGUGCCCGCCGAUCUGCGCAGACUGAUCCUCGGCCUGCUGCGCCGGAACCCGGCCGAACGGGCGAGCUUCGAGCACUUCUUCGUCCUGGCCGACCAAGUCUCCAGCCAAGGCCCGCUCCUCCCUCCCACCACCACCACCACCACCACCUCUUCUUCUUCUUCUCCUUCCCCGCAGCCGCUCCAGCCAUCCACCACCGCCUCCUUGCCCCUCCAGCCCCAGCUCACCCCGCUCCACAGCACCGCACUCCACCACCAGCAACCGCGGCCCCCCUCCACAUCCACCCUGCCAAGCCCAGCCACCACCACCAAGGGGAAACAGCCAACAACAGCCCCCGUCUUCGACGGCGAGCCCGGCGCAUUCAUCGUCCCCAUCCCCCAGCCCCACCCGGAAUCGCUGCCCAGCUCGUCCCACCACCCCGGAUUCCUGGCCCCGUCUCCUAGCCUCCUCCCCACCCCUCAUCACCACCACCACCAACAGCAGCAGCAGCAGCAGCAGCCACAACAGUCCACCAGUCGUGACAAGACAUCCUGGCAGCCGAGCUUCCCCGCCAAAUACCUCGUCCCCUCCUCCUCCAACCCCGCUCCAAGCGUCAAAGCCAAGGACUACGCCCGCGCACCGCUCCCCUUCAGGACCUCCUCCGAGCAGCAGCAGCAGGAGGACGAUGAGGACCGCGAACUGGGCACCGAGUACGUCGUCGUCGAGAAAGGCGCCGUGGAGAUCAACGCCUUGGUCGAUGGCUUGUCGGCCCCCACCCAGAAGCCGUUGAGUCUGGGUCGCCGGAUGUCCCGCGGCUUCAUGGCCGCCACCAAGCCUACUCUGGCCGGCCUGAGCUCGUCGCCGCGGCGCGUCCAAACCGAGUCCGCCUCCCCACCCACGCCCUCCUCCUUCCCGCCUCGCCCUCACCCCCAGUCGUCUGUCCCCAGCGGCUCCCGACCCAUGAACAUCGCCCCACACCAUGGCCAGCAACUUCAGCACCAGCCUUCUUCUCUCUCCUCAGCCUUCAACUACGCCUCCUCGCCCCGGAGCUUCGACAGCUCCGGCGCCGGAGCCCCCGGAAGCCUUCCUGCGCCCGGCGGCAAGUUCUUUCCCCCCUCCGCGCCAGCCUCGUCGUCGCCCGGCCGCCCUCCGUCUGCCCGGGUGCCGUUCAUGUUCCCCUCCAGCGCGCUCAGUCGGGCCCUGCUCGACCCGUGCUGCCCACUGUCCCCGUCGACGGGGGGAGCGGGGGCCCUGGACGCGGUCGAGAGUCGGCUGCUCGCCGAGCUCGAAGAGGCCGCCGCCAAGGCGCUCGUCAUCCUGCGCUUCGCCGACGCCAAGCUGGCCGCGGUCCUGCCCCCGCCGCCCUCGGCCUCGGAGACCGCGCCUGUGGCGGGGCCGUCGUCGUCGGGGCCGAGCGCGGGCCUGGUCGGCGCAUUUAUCACCGCCCACGUCUCCGCCUCCGACCCGCUGCCCGCCGUCUCCGCCUCCUCGUCCGCCUCCUCCAUCCUCUCCGAGCUCCAUCUCCUCCACCACCCCGCCGCCUCCCCCGCCGACCCGGAGUGCUCGGCCCGCCGGCUCAAGCAGGCCAAGGCCGGCCACGCCGCCGAGGCCCUCGUCCUCUUCAUCCGCGCCCUCGCCGUCCUCGACCACGCCAUCAGACACGCCGUGGCCGUCGCCGACUGGAAGAAAGGCGCCGGGCCGGGCGGGGGCGUGGUGAGUCCCGAGACGGGCUGCGCGAUCGAGUGGCUGCGGCGCAAGUUCAACGAAGUGUUCGACAAGACAGAGCUCGUGAAGUCCUCGGUAGACGCCAAACGUCUGCUGUAUCCGGCGAACCGCGAGGGCCGACGGGCGCUGGUGAGCGCGACGCAGCUGAUGUACGAGCGGGCGCUGGAGGCCUCGCGGGCGGCAGCGGUGCUCGAGCUGCUGGCGGACUCGCCUGCGACGCUCGACGCCUGCUGGCUCGAGUACCAGUGCUCGAUGUGGCUCCUCCAUGCCGCCCUCGACCCCGUCGAUGACGUCCACUUCCCCCACGACGAGCUCGCCCAUGCCGGCUUCGUCGCCAGCAACGCCCCCACCGUCCUCGCCUCUAUCGCCGCUAGACUCGCCGCUAUCGCCCCCAAACGCGCCGCCCCUUGA